AUGCAUUUUUCUGUUACUACAGCUGUUGUUGGGCUGGCAACCAUCUCGGCUGCUCUGCCCCAGGGCGAGCUCUGGACCGCAGAUAACCUCAAUGAUGUCGAGCCAGUCGACGCCGUGCCCAUGGAAGAUCUACGUGCUAUGAAGCUCAAAUUUGCCAAGGAGCAGGAAGAGGCUGGAUUCUUUGACGCUGGCCGCUACCCAUCAACGAUGGCAGCCAAGAAGUGCGAGGGCGGCAAGGCCGGUGACUUCAAGUGCCAGGGCGUUGACCUCAUGGGCUUUUUGUCGCACGAGGCAAUGAAAUCCAAGACCCGCGCCGGCAAUGAUGUCUGGGGCUGGACGUCCCCGGAUGGCCGUGAAAUUGCUAUUAUUGGACAGCGCGACAACACCGGCUUCGCCGAGGUCAUGAAGGACGGCUCGUUGGUUUUCCUUGCCAACCUUCCCACCGCGUCCGGCAACGACAUGUGGCGCGAUAUCAAGACCAUUGGCGACUACGCGUACAUUGUGGCCGACGUGGCCAACCACGGCAUGCAAGUCGUAGACAUGAAGAAGAUUCUUGCUAUCGACCCCAAGUCGCCCAAGACUCUCAGCAAGUCGGACCUGACUGCCCACUACACCGGCUUUGGCGCCUGCCAUAACGUCGUUGCCACCCCGUCGACCAACACCGUCUACUGUGCGCUCACCAUGAGCAACAACUGCGGCGGCAAGCUUGCCCCCGUGGACGUGUCGGACCCCGCGAACCCCAAGGGCCUGCCGUGCAUCAAGGGCGGCAUGCGUGUACACGAUGCCAUGUGUGUCAUCUACGAUGGCCCUGACACCAAGUACAAGGGCAAGGAGAUCUGUCUCGACUUUGACGAGAAGCAGUUUACCAUUGUGGACAUGACGGACAAGAACAACGGCAAGGAGGUUGCCAAGAAGACCUACAACGGCCUGCGUUACACCCACCAGGGCUGGUGGACUGACAACACGCACCGCUUCAUCCUGCUGGGCGACGAGCUGGACGAGGGCAAGACGGAUAUUGCUAAGGAUAUGCAUACCAGAACCUUCAUUAUUGAUGCCAAGGACCUGGCCAACCCCGUGUUCACGGGUGUCUACAGAAGCCCUGCCAAGGCCAUCGACCACAACUUGUUUUCUAUUGACGGUAUUGCGUACAUGGCCAACUACAAUGCUGGUAUGCGUGUUGUUGAUACCAGAUCGCUCGCUGAGGAUCCUACCGGCAAGGGCAUGAAGGAAAUUGCCUACUUUGAUAUCUACCCCGAUGAUGAUAAUGGCAAGGAAAAGCUCGGCUGGGUUGGUUCUUGGGGCGUUUACCCGUACUUUAAGAGUGGUCACAUCAUUAUCAGCGGUAUUGAGCGUGGUGCCUUUUCCGUCAAGCUGCAAAAGGGCGUAUUGUGAGCGUCACGAACGUCAUGGCCGCAAGGAUGCAUACAAGUAACCACUUGCGCGAGGGGGUAAAGUUGAGUAGCAUUGCCAGGUCAUCUUGAC